CUCUGAAUGCGGGGUUGGAGAUCGAGCGAAGCUCGUAUUUCAGUUCGUACGUGCCCGUUGAUACGAUCCAAUCGCUAAUGUCGCUGAUGUGCACCAGUUUCUCGUUCCUUGAUUGCCAGGAGGGAAUUGCAGGAUUUCUGGAGAAGCGGCCAGUCACCUUCCUUCAGGAGUAACGGGGAUUCAAUAUGGUGCAGAUAUUAGCCUUCAAUCUGACAAACGGAGCACGAAACGUGAUAAUUUCGGUCCUUCUCGUAUCCUGUUGGACGUGCCAUGUCGUCGGUUACCAGGGCCGGGCUGGACCUACCGAUUGGCGGCCGCAUAGAGCGCGCGGCAAUUCGGACGGUCCACUUCUUACUGUGUAUGUGACGGAGCCAGGCCCAGGGAAUGUGUUGCUUGACAUCGACGAUUGCGGACCAAGAGGUGCUGCUAGACCUGCCCAGUGUGCGUUGUUCCAAGUGAGGCUGGUGGUGAGGGGUUGGGAGAGGCGAUUCGAGUUGGGAUGGCGCGCGCGUGCGAUGCCGACCCCACCAAAGGCUCGGAGAGGAAGGAGCAGCCUCGACCUUAUCAACAUCUGCAUCAACUUCCAGACCUUCGAGGUUGGUCAUCGCACUAGACCUGCUCGUUAGAGGCUGGCAUCUGCAUCAAGACAGGGUUUGAAGCUCGGCACUUGUUUUUGUGAGUGCAAAGAAAAAUUGUAAUGUUGCGUCGCAACUUCCUUCUCGGGUGGUGUGCGAUUUGAGUAACUCAAUGAAGAAACCCAUCGAUACAACCUUGCUUCGAGGCAGCAGAUCAACGGGC